AUUGAAACAUAGUGGUGGUCAUUUUGAAACAUGACACAGGUGUAGCUGGUUUACCAAUAAUUAAUACGGCGCAUGGAUAUUAAGGUUGAUUGAGUAAAGGCACAUUAGUAGUUUAAUCUAGUGUUGUUUCGGCUACUUACGUUUGUUGAAGUUAUUCUGCCUGGGGAAGUAUACGGAACGUGCAUAUAAACCGUGGACGCGCACGGCGCGCGACAGCGUUUGCAAGAGACUACUCUGCUCGUGCGCGCGACGGCAGACAGUUUGACGUGCGGUCUUCUCCAAGUUGGAAGUCGAGAUCCUCCGCGACUUAGUUAAUCUACUUUUACUGCAACGCAAACAAGGUUCAUCAUGGGAAACCGGUUCAGCAGAGGGCGAGAUACCCCAGCCAACAGUGCUGAAACUGCUGCUCCUGAACAGAAGACUGAAGCAGAGUCAGCAGCUGCACAAGCAGCAGAGGACUCUGGGAUCACACUGACUCAGCAGGCCGUUGAACCAGAGAAUCUAGAUGAGGGGAUUCCGGAGCAAGUGACACAAUUGGCGAGUUUUGGCACUCAACAAUUAGUGUUAAAGAUUGAAGUGGAUGAGGUUCCUGACGCUGACCCAGAGCCUGUGGCAAAGGAAACCCCGGCUCCAGUCCAGGCUGAGCCUCUGGUCUCAGUCAGCAACUCAUUAGCUACAGAAUCAGAACCCGUGGCUGAGCCACAACCUGUUGCUGAAGCUCAACUUGCUCCAGAACCAUCUUCAGAGCCCGACCCCAAACCGGAGCCCGUUUCAGAACAAGAGCCAGUUCCCGAACCGGUUUCCGUUCCCGAGCCUGUUCCCGUUCCCGAGCCCGUUUCCGAACCCGAACCAGAGCCCGCUCCCGAACAAGAGCCAGUUCCUAAACCCGAGCCCGUUCCCGAACCCGAGCACGAACAAGUGCCAGUUCCUGAACCCGAGCAUGUUCCCAAACCAGAGGAAGAAGUUGAGGCAGUCCCUGAACCCAUUUCAGAGUCGGUACCAGCACCAACUGAGGCUAUGGCGCAGAAGACGGACCUGUUUAGCCAAGAGUCUCUUCCUGAGCCAGCCAUUUCAUCACCUUUGAUCGACCUCGGUGUCCUUGACAAAACUCCCCAACCUGUUGAUAUUCCUCCCUCCCCAGCGACAGUCACUGCAGAAGUGCCCUCAGACGUCCCGGUGAACGAGGAAUGCCAAGACGGUGCUGAGAUUUCUGUGAUUCCCACGUUUGAGCCAGAAAAGACCGAGGAGACGUCUGAGUCUGAGGAAAAACCGAUAGAGGUGGAGGCUGCAGGGAAUCUGGAGCAGCUUGCGAGUGUUGUCAGCGAGGAAAGUAUUAGUGGACAGCUGAAGAACUUGGAGUUGACAGGAAAUGACCUUGUUGCUGACCUCAUUUCCACCGAUGUCGAGAUUCCUGAUGCCAUGAGCACUUCCACUGAGCUGAUGUGAAACCAGCCAUGCGAGACGACUCAUUUAAGAAGUGAAUGGAUAUUCUUUCUGUGAAACCCGCUUAACCCCUCACAUGAAUUCUGAAAGAAUCACAGAUGCAAUGUUUUUCUCUCUCUUAAGUGGCCUAAUAAGGGCAAACAUUACAUUUUCUAUCUAAAUUAACAAAAUGUGCCAAACGGUGUAUCGGUGGGGCUUUAACAGCACAUGGGUUAUGAGUGUACUUAAGUGUCUUGCUGGACCACGGAGAUCUUCCUCUAUGCAAAUUCACCAAGCAAGAAUUUAAAUUAAUUUCUUGAAGCGACUAAGAAGCCAUUGCUUAAUAAUAACGCCUUACAGAUGAAGGGAGACAUUGUGAUGACUGCAUACAAAGGGAAAAGUGUUUUGAGGUAGAUACCGGGUGUGUGAGUCUGCAGCACUCAUAGGUGAAAGCAAACCGACAGGCAAGGGACCGUAGCAAUGCAACCAAAGAUGGAGACUAGUGUCCAAUAAACAUUUACGCUUUAACAUAAUCAUCUUUGGACUUCUGUAUGUUUCUUGUAUUCUAGUUUAAUGAGGGGAUUUUUUUAACCCAAGUAGUGGCUUGCUUGUGAAAAUAAAAAUAUUAUUCUACAUGUGU